AUGAAACAAAAAACUAGCAAACAGAAUAAAAAGGCCGGCAAGGGAAAUACUAAAAAUGAGAUUGUCGAAGAUGAGAUCUUACGCACUGAAGAGCCCGUAAACGAAGAAGAAUGUGAGAAUAACUCCGAAGAGUCGGAUGACCAGGACGACGAAGAACCUACCGAAUGUGCCAUUGAAAAGGAUGAGCCAACCAUACCAUCUAAAGUGAAGGUAGGCCCAGUUGCAGAUGAUGUACCUAUUGACUGUAUUGUACAUGUAAACAAACUGCCCAAAAAGACAAAAGUGAUCGAUAUUGUGGAGGUUUUCGCGGAAUACGGACCAAUUGACACUGUACACAUACAAGAAGGACCUGCAGCCUGUACUGCAAAUAUUGCUUUCAAGAACGCAAAAUCAGCUACUGCAGCACUAUCCGCAGACAAAGCGAGUAUAAAAGGUUCCAACAUUUCUGUCACUAAGAAGCAAAUAUCUGCCAAAAAGCAGAAAAAAACAAAAGAGUCAGCACCGAAAGAAGACGCCCGUGAACGAACUGUUUAUGUCAAAUUUCUAAAGCGUGGAACCACUGAGGAGCAGUUGAGAGAACAUUUUAGUGCCUGUGGUGAUAUCGAAGAUGUACGAAUUAUUUUAAAAAAUUCUAUAGCAUAUGGUUUUGUUGCUUUUACCGAGAAGAAGAUGGUGAAGGAGGCCCUCAAACUACACAAUUCCAUACUGAACGGGAGUACAAUUGGCGUACUCGAAAGCAGUGCUGAUAACAAUAAAGUGAGCAAGCGUGAUCCCUCUCUCACUAUAGUGUUGAAAAAUACCCAAAAUUUGGAAAGUGUCGAAGGAGAUAAACUUGAGUCAAUAUUUGAAAAAUGUGGUGAAAUAGAAUCAAUGGAUGUGGUAUGUAGAAAAAAUACAUUGGCCUUCAUUACGUUUAAGGAAAAAGAAGCAGUCGAAAAGGCAUACAAAUUAAAUGGAAAAAAGGUCAAGGACAUUUCAUUAGAUUUGGAAGCAUACAAUCCCGACAAACCAAAGACAUCCAUAUUUGUAAGCCAUAUUGGAAAAGAUGUAACGGAGGAAGACUUAAAGGAGCACUUCUCAAAGUCUGGGGACAUAUCUUCUGUAAUUCUGAAAAAAGGAUUUGCAAUUAUACACUUUAAGGAUUCCGAUGGGUAUUGCAAAUCAUUCUUGUUGAACGAAAGCAUCCUGAAAGGACAAAUGUUAUUCCUGGAGCCACACUCGAUCCGAAAACAAACUAUGUUAAAGACAAAGAAUAACAAGGGUACAAAACGUCGCUCCCAACAGCCGAAUGGUGUAUUUAGCGCAAAGAAAACGAAGUCUUCGUGA